AUGUCUGCACCAUGCCCCUGUGUCCCCACUGUGUCCCCACAAUGUCCCCAUCUGCUUGUCCUCAACAUCCGCGUCCCCCUGUCCCCAGGUGCGGCUCGCCCUCGGCCUGCGGGGACAGGGGACAAUGGGAGCAGGGACCCAAGUGUCCAGGGGUGGGGGGCACGGGGACACCAAGGGUCCCAGGGGCACAUACAAGGACCCGGGGGGGACCCAGGCAUCCGGGGCACUAAUGAGGACCCAGGUGGCUGGGAAACCCAUGGGGGGGUCCCAGAAGGACCCAGGUGUCCGGGGCACCCAGGAGGGGACCCACAGAGACCUAGGUGUCCAGGGGUCCAGGAGAGGAUCCGUGGGGACUCAGGUGACCAGGGACACCCAGGUGUCUGGGCACCCAGGAGGGGACCCACAGGGACUCAAGUGACCAAGGGGCCCAGGUGUCCAGGGCACCCAGGAGGGGACCCAAAGGGACCCAGGUGACCAGGGGACUCAGGAGGGAACUGAUAGGACCCAGGUGACCAAGGGGCCCAGGUGUCCGGGCACCCAGGAGGAGACCCAAAGGGACCCAGGUGACCAGGGGAUUCAGGUGUCCGGGGCACGCCAGAGGGGACCCAAAGUGACUCAGGUGACCCUGGAGGGAACUGAUAGGACCCAGGUGACCAGGGGACCCAGGUGCCCAGGAGGGGACCCACAGGGACCCAGGUGUUCGGUGGCCAGGAGGAGACCUGUGGGCACCCAAGUGUCCG